UCACUCGCCCACCCUGUGGUCUUUGCACUCUGCAGUUGCUAAAGAACCACCUCGUCCCUGUUACUUUUUUUCCUUUGUCCUGCUGCUCAGCUCCAUUCUCGAACAGUUUCUCAACUGCCUCCGACGGAUGGCAGCAACAAUCAAGAAGUUCUCUUAUGCACUGAAGAAAAAGCAAAGUCAAACACGUGGGGGGAUAUCAAUUGAAUUUGUGCAUCUGUAGUAAUGUUUAGAAGCAACAACAUCGUUGCAAGGGUAUUUCAGCGCCAAAUCUACACUCCUGCUCCUGGAACUAGUGUUCAUUGUGCUAGGCGGUUUUAUGAGAAUUUAGUCCCAAGUUGUACCAUAUAUGAUGUUGAGUGCCCAGACCAUUUAUUCCGCAAAUUUACUGAUGAUGGUCAAUAUCUUAUAAGUUUCAGCAGAAAUCAUCAGGAUCUGAUUGUUUACAGACCAACAUGGCUUUCUUUCUCGUGCAAAGAAGAAGAUUGUGAUGCUCAUGAUCUCCCUCCAAAAUCAAAGAGAUUUGAAAGCUUCUUCACACAGUUAUAUUGUGUAUCACUUGCUUCCUGCAAUGAGCAAAUAUGCAAAGACUUCUUCCUUUACAUGGAGAGUAACCAAUAUGGAAUAUUUGCUACUUCUACUGCACCAGUUCCUGAAGCACCUGCAACUGGAGGAGCUAUUCAGGGAGUCCCAUUUAUAGAAAAGAUGACAUUCCAUCUAUUGAGAUUGGGAGAUGGAGUCAUACUGGAUGAGAAGGUCUUCAACAAUGACUUUGUUAAUCUGACCCAUAACGUUGGUGUCUUCUUGUACGAUGAUUUAUUGGCAAUUGUGUCACUUCGCAAUCAAGCAAUACACAUUCUCCAAAUUAGGGACUCUGGGAACCUUGUGGAUGUACGGGCUAUUGGGGCAUUUUGUCAUGAAGAUGAUGAACUUUUUCUCAAUUCAAAUGCUCAGUGCAUGGCAUUACCUGAUAAAAGUAAACUCCCUCAGUUGCCUGAGAAUCAUGCUCAGAAUGGUUUACAUCACAGCCAGCCUUGUCUAGAAGAUUCUUUUCUGAGUGGCAUCAAACAACGCCUUCUUUCAUUCAUAUUCCGAGGAAUAUGGAAUGAAGAAAAAGAUCAGAGCUUGAGGGUCCAGGGCUUGAAGAAGAAAUUUUAUUUCCAUUUUCAAGAUUAUGUGGACUUGAUUAUCUGGAAGGUGCAGUUCUUGGACCGGCACCACCUGCUAAUCAAGUUUGGUAGUGUGGAGGGAGUGGUAUCACGAAAUGCUGAUCAUCACCCGGCUUUUUUUGCUGUAUAUAACAUGGAGACAACUGAAAUUGUUGCAUUUUAUCAGAAUUCUGCGGAGGACCUUUAUCUCUUGUUUGAGCAGUUCUCUGACCACUUUCACGGGGCAUCAAGAAAUUCUUUGUAUAUGAAUUUCAUAUCAUCUCCCUCAAAUAACAUUCAUGCUCUGGAGCAACUAAGAUGCAUAAAAAAUAAAGCAAAUGGCUCUUCACAGUUUGUGAAGAAGAUGCUGAGCUCUUUGCCUUUCAGUUGUCAGACACAGAGUCCUUCUCCCUAUUUUGACCUAUCUCUCUAUCGUUUUGAUGAAAAGCUGAUUUCUGCAACCGACCGGCAUAGACAGUCAACAGACCAUCCCAUCAAAUUCAUUUUAAGAAGGCAACCAUAUUCCCUCAAAUUUAAGAUUAAAUCAGGUCCUGAAGGUGGUAGCACAGAUGGUCGGACCAAAAAGAUCGCCUUAUUCCUUUUCCAUCCAUUUUUACCUCUGGCUCUCUCCAUUCAGCAGACUUUGUUCUUGCAGCCAUCAGUUGUGAAUAUUCAUUUCCGGAGAUGAAGCUCCUAUACAUCUUCCUGGCUGCCUGCUCCUAUUUAUUUGUGAACGGCCUUUUAACGAGAUUGUAGAUUAAACUAUGAGGAGUGUAUAUUCAUUUGGAAAUUGUACAGCAAUUUAAAAUCGAUGUCAUAGAUUGGACGGGUCGAGGCAUCCUGAAAAUCACGAGAGAAAUUUGAGUUAACUGUCAGACUCUCUCUCGGUGUGUUAUUUUCUAUUACACUAGAUACUCCGAAUUUUUUUGAGGGUAUCACUCUCAUGGUGUGCUCCACCGCGGGGGAAAAGAAAACACGGGAGAAUUCCGUGGAACAAUUCAGACAAAUUUGAUUUUAGUGCAAGAGGUACCAAAUUUUA